UGCGGCCCCUCCCCCUGACAGGAGGUAAGGCGCCCCUUCGCAAUCCCCUCUGCAUCCGCGGCCUCAGUGGCCAUCCGUCCCGCACUCGGUUCUUAGAGAGAGAGGCAUCGCCAUGACUGAGAAUGACGUUGACAACGAGCUUUUGGAUUAUGAGGACGAUGAGGUUGAAAACCAGGCAGCAGGAGAAGGGGUGGAUGUCCCAUCCAAGAAGGACGUCAAGGGCUCCUAUGUCUCCAUCCACAGUUCUGGGUUUCGUGAUUUCUUGCUAAAGCCAGAGCUGCUGCGUGCCAUUGUUGACUGUGGUUUUGAGCACCCCUCAGAAGUGCAACAUGAGUGUAUCCCGCAGGCCAUCCUGGGCAUGGAUGUCCUCUGCCAGGCCAAAUCGGGCAUGGGCAAGACGGCUGUCUUCGUUCUUGCUACACUACAGCAGCUAGAGCCAGUCCCAGGACAGGUGUCGGUGCUGGUGAUGUGUCACACUCGUGAGCUGGCCUUCCAAAUCAGCAAGGAGUACGAGCGCUUCUCCAAGUACAUGCCCAGUGUCAAGGUGUCGGUGUUCUUUGGAGGCCUGUCCAUCAAGAAGGAUGAGGAGGUGCUGAAGAAGAACUGCCCGCACAUUGUGGUGGGGACCCCGGGCCGCAUCCUGGCCUUGGCCCGCAACAAGAGCCUCAACCUCAAGUACAUCAAGCAUUUCAUCCUGGACGAAUGCGAUAAGAUGCUCGAGCAGCUCGAUAUGCGUCGGGAUGUCCAGGAGAUCUUCCGCAUGACCCCGCAUGAAAAGCAGGUCAUGAUGUUCAGUGCCACCCUCAGCAAGGAAAUUCGCCCUGUGUGCCGCAAAUUCAUGCAAGACCCUAUGGAGAUCUUCGUGGACGACGAGACCAAGCUGACGCUGCACGGGCUGCAGCAGUACUAUGUCAAACUGAAAGACAACGAGAAGAACCGCAAGCUCUUUGACCUGCUUGAUGUGCUGGAGUUCAAUCAGGUGGUGAUCUUUGUGAAGUCCGUGCAACGCUGCAUAGCAUUGGCUCAGCUUCUGGUGGAGCAGAACUUCCCAGCGAUUGCCAUACACAGAGGGAUGCCCCAGGAGGAAAGGUUGUCGCGGUAUCAGCAAUUCAAGGAUUUUCAGCGCCGUAUCUUGGUGGCCACCAAUCUUUUUGGUCGUGGCAUGGACAUAGAGCGAGUCAACAUUGCCUUCAACUAUGACAUGCCGGAGGAUUCGGACACCUACCUUCACCGGGUGGCUCGUGCUGGGCGCUUCGGGACAAAGGGUCUGGCCAUCACUUUUGUGUCAGAUGAGAAUGAUGCUAAGAUCUUGAAUGAAGUGCAGGACCGCUUUGAGGUGAACAUUAGCGAGCUGCCUGACGAGAUCGACAUCUCUUCUUACAUUGAACAGACCCGAUAAAGGGGGCCUUUCCUCUACAUCGACCUUGGUUUUAAUUCCUGACCUCGUCCACUUCCCUGAAACUUCACGUUUAAUUUCACUUGAUGGAGAAUGAAGUGGCUUUGACUGUCUGGAGAACACCCAUUCACACCACUCCUGUGAGGGGGACGGAAGAGUUGCUGUCUCUAGGAUGUGUGUAGUGGAGGGGGCCAGCAUUUACACAUCAUCUACACUACUCGGAAGCCUAAGGGGAAAUCCUGCUGGGCUGGAGUCCCGUUGCUCAUCUGGCACCAAGAAGAGAGGAGUCUCGGUGUAGGUGCCUCUUCAAGGGACGCCUGCCUCCAGAUGGAUCUCUACUGCCUACCAGCAAGAUGUUGGGACUCCGCCAGUCAUAUAGCUCCACUUUAUCCUUAUGUUGGCAUUACCCAGAGAUCUGUCUCCAUGAUGGGAAGCAUAAAGGGGGAGGAGUUUCAGCAGGGGUGCUCUGUGAAUCCCUGGCGCCUAAAAUUACAUUUUGUUUUAUAGAAAAAAAACCUCCUGGGAGGAAAAAACUAAAAAUAUGAACCUUUUGUAUGCCCAUUCAUGCCGUUUUCAAGACUGUUUUGUGUUUUCCUGUAUGUGUGUGCUCCCUUUUUUAAAAACAUGUGUUUGCAUGUGAAAAUUUAACCCCCUGUCCCAGGUGGUAUGUCUUGGCGGAUAAGCUAGUAGUGACAGACUGAUGUUUUAGCUGUAGCUUGUUCUCUUUUCUCUUGGUUCCCUGCCCCCCCUCUUUUGUUAAUAAAGGAGCCCAGCUCUUAUGGGUAUCUAAUUAAACUA